GUAAGUGCGAGUUAUUUCAGCACGAGCUGGCAGUAGUACAAAAAGUACAGCCUGUACACAUCGUAUUCAAUUUCAGUGUUUGUGUAUCUGGGCCUCGGCGCGAGAAAUACGCUUAGAUCGUUUAUCUGUGAUGUUGAAUAUGUGUUUAAUUUUAUGGCGGGCCGAUUGAAUCCUGGCCAUUAUAAUAUGUGUACAGUCAAGCUGUGCCGAACGACAAGGUCAGAAUGAUUCAUAGCGCCGUUCCUUCUACAUUUUGGUAUUGAGACCUUAAAACGUAUUUGAUGUGAAUAUGUUAAACACGGGAAUUUAAAUGCAAUGCAUUAAGAGGCAAAAUACAGUUGGACACACUCGGUUGCAGCCCCAUUUAAUCCUUUCCCAGAAUGCACCGUGUCAAUGCACAGUUGUGUUUCCUGUUUACCGUUGUAACGCUUUUGUUUGGCUGUUUUUCCUUUAUUGUCGAGGUUUCAAAUAUAUUGUUAUGGAUUUAUUUCGCUGCGACUGAUCAAAGAAGGAUUUGCUGAGGUGUAAAUUAAGCCUGGAAUAGUUGCAGCUCCCCAGUGAGAAAACAACAGAAGGGCCGUGAAGAUCAGCCCUAAUGGAAGAGACAGAAACAGAGCUGAUCUGCUCCGAGCAGGAAGCUUUAGGAGCAGACUUCAUCACGGUGGAGCUCGACACCCAGCCCAUCGAAUAUGUGGUCAAGUGGGCCGAGGUGGGUUCAAAAUUCACAAUAGCCUGUGUGAAAAAGGAUUUGGACGAGGCUGCUUGCUUCACCUCCGACCAGAUGGUGAAAAUAGAACCGGAUGAGACGUUCUUCGUCCCUUACGAAUCGGUGUACCCUGAAUGCGACGACGCAGAUCCGGAUCUGAUCGCGACGCACGAGGAGGAGGUGGGCAGCGAGUCAGACUUCAACGACAACACGGAAGCGGGGAACAGCCAGUUGUGCGAAGAGGAGGACGUUACGGAUAUUUGCUGGGAGAAGGAAGUGUCUCAUGCUAGAACAUACAACUGCCGCUUUUGCGGCAAGAGCUACAGCCAUUCCUCCAGUCUCGCUCGCCAUCUGCACGUCCACUCGGAUAGAUCAGCCCUCACCUCCUCGAAAGAUUUCAGCAAGUUGGGCGACAAAAAAUCUCUGCAGUGCAAUAUAUGCGGGGUGAGGUGCAACGGCAAGCGGCUUUUGGCGAUUCACAAAAAAUGCCAUAAAACCAAAAGACUGCAUACGUGCAACACAUGCGGCAAGUCGUUCAAUCACAGCUCUAGUCUGUCGCGACACAGGCUGAUCCAUAAAAAAGGUUUGGAUAAAACCGUCAGACCCUUAUAUCCGACUCCAACCCCAGCUCCCAUCAUGACCCAGCACAGCUUCCCAUCAGCCCACGGCACGAGUAAAAGAACGAUCUCCUCAGGCGAGCGAGAGAAGCAGUACCAAUGUGCGCAAUGCGACAGGGUCUUCAGCCACUCCGCCGCCCUCUCCAAGCACCAGGUGGCCCACGUGCGACAGCUGCUCAACUCGUACACGCACGGAAAAGACUCGCUCGACAAGUCUUCAGACCUCAAGAUCCGCCUGAAGCUCUGCUCCCGUGACAAGCCCAACUACUACACGCUGUGCAAGAAGAACAAGCACAGUAAAGGGGGCAAGAAGAGGCUGUACCUGCCGAAUGAGGAGCGGCCGUACCCCUGUCGAUUGUGCAACAAACGCUUCAGCCACACCACCAGCCUCUCGCGGCACGAGCACUCGCACGCCAGCGGCAAGUGCUACGCCUGCCACGUCUGCAAGAAGACCUUCGUUCGGCUCUCCAACCUCAAGCAGCACCAGCAAACGCACGCUACAGGAAAACUCUACAAAUGCCCACAGUGCGGGAAAACUUUUGUGCACUCCUCCAGCUUCUCGCGCCAUAAGAAGGUCCACACGAUGAUGAAACUGGCCCCGAAACAGGAAGACAUUAAGUGCGAGGAGGAACUGGUCAUCGAUGAGGUGGCCCCGCUGGAAUACGAGUCUGAGUGAGAAAGACCAAGUUCUGGAACUGUCAAGGCUUAGCUAAUGGGGAAAAAUGUUGUGUUUUUGCUGUUUUGUUUGUUUGUUUGUUUUUUUGGUUUACCCCUCAUUCUUAUUUUGUGAAAACAUAAUUUGGGUGUGGCUUCCUUGGCUGUGUGGUUUCAAUUUAAUAUUCAUGUAAUUAAACUCUUUUUGUCACCUUUGUUAAUAUAAUUUUUUUUUUUUUUUUUUGGUAGACAUUCCCUUUUGUUUUCUUCGUUCAGUUUGUGUAAUUUAUGUCACUUAAUAUUUAGCCAUCCACAAGAAAAUCAACAUAGAAAAGCAGAUGGCAUUGGCAAUGCAGGUGUUAUUUAUUUUUCUUUUUUUUAAUGUUUGCACUGAAUUUGAACCCAAAAUAAAGUACUUACUGAUGUGUUGGUUGGAAUAGAAGGGGGUGAGGGGCAAAGGUAAUAUUAAAUUCAAGUUUGUUAGAGUUUUGUAUGCCAGAAGUAAAUUUAUAUGCAAUUUACUUGAACGUUGUGCGGUUUAAAUCACUUAAUUCUCCUGUAAUUAUAUUUAGUGACCUAAUAUCUUAGACCAACAAAUUCAAGGCUUUGAAGUCUGGAUCCAAAAACAGGUUUUGCUGUUUGGUUUUAUGGGAUGUUAAAAGAAUCUUAGACAGUUGCUGGACAAGUGCAAGUGGUGAAGCUUGUACUUGUGUUUUGGGGUGUUUCGGUUGUUCUGGAUUUGACUUGUUGUCUUUGGUACUUAUUUCCUGUUUGAUGUUCUUUUGUCAAAAUAUGAAAUCCAUUGUAUCCAUGGAGGGUAUUUAUGAUAAUAAUUUCAAUGCUUAUUGGA